UGGGCAUUAGACGAGGUGAUAGUGGGCACGAUGUGGCACGUCUUGGCCGCCGGAUUUCUCUUCUUCCCCGGACUUUACCAGCUAUGUAACCGCUGUGCCCGCAGGGUCCUGCCGGGGUGGGUAGAGGCGGAAUACUCGCUCUUCAGCUCCAGAAUUGUUUCCUCUAUUCAUGGAGUUAUUGCUGCUGUGUCUGGGAUAAUUGUUAUAACCUCCUGCAAAGAUGUGAAGUAUGGCAGACACUGGCUGGCUACAGCGUAUUUAUGGUUAAUAAUCCCAUACAUGGUGUAUGACAUGUACGCUAUGUAUCUUCGCCAUUGGUAUAAGUGUAGAGACAGCAAAGUCUUAAAUGGGAAAGAUCACUUCUCCGCUGCAAUGAACAGCCUUCUGCAGAAAGAGUUUCUAAUGCUUGUUCAUCACAUAUCCAUCCUGACCAUCCUUGUGCCAAUUGGACUGUUUAUAAGAGGCGAUAUUGGAGAUUUUUAUGUCGGCUGUCUCUUAGUAGCAGAAAUGAGCACUCCAUUUGUAUCACUGGGCAAAAUUUUUAUACAGAUGAAUCUGCAGAACUCCUUAUUGCACAAAGUGAACGGUGCUUUUGUCCUGCUAACAUUUUUUGCCUGCCGUAUCCUGCUGUUCCCUUUCAUGUACCACGCCUACGGGAAGCAGUUUGGGAUUCCACUCUACAAAGUGCCUUUCAACAUUCCUCUGCAUUGCAACAUUACAAUUGCCACCAUUAUGGCCCCACAGAUAUAUUGGUUUUGGCUUAUUUGCCGAAAGGCCAUGAGACUAUACAGCAACCCGUCCUCCUACAAAGACAGAUAACAUUUAGUAGGUGUAAGCUACAAGCAUGCUAUAUAGCUGGGUUUUCUAGUAGGGACUGGACUCCUGUUCCUCCAUGUUACAGCAGGGGAACUGUGGUCCUGUUCAUGGACAGUGACUACCUAAUCUGUAUUGUAAACCUUUUGGAGUCUUGGUACAGGCUUCCAAGUCACACAAACACUACAGUUAUAUAUUUUAGAUA